AUGCAAAGUGAGCGUUGCAGCGGCUCGGAGAGGCUUUAUAUUAGUUUGGAGGAUGUAUCGUUUGAAGAGGCUUCCAAAACAGACAUCUCGUUCAGCAUGGAAGAUGAAUUGAGACUGUCUCCCAUCCCACAUGCAGAGAAAGAUAUAACGUUCCAAAUUGAUCCUAAAGUCGGGCAUGAUGAGGAUAUGGAUCAAGAUGAGAGAAGUUUCCAAAGUGAUGAGUUUGAAAGUGAUUGUAGCUUUCAUUCCACUUCUGAAACUAGUCGGUCCGAGGAAGAAGAGAAAAACCCAUGUCAGUGUUUUGAAGUAGCCUCCAACACCUAUUUUCCAAUACUUUCAAAUUACAUUGGUUCUUUUGGCAAUCUCAUGUCAUGGGGUGAACGUUCGGCUUGCAAACCACAUAAUCAGGCUUCUCAAUUUGAAAGGAUGUUUUCAGGUGAAGAGAUUAAGGAAAACUUGAUGCAGAUUUUAACUGGCUUUAUCACCAACGAACCUUUUUGUGUGGAUGGUUACACGGAUGAAGAAAGGAAGUUAUACGGUGGUCAAAUGUUGGGUUACACCCAAAGGGUUUUGGAUUCCUUUGGAUAUAAUUUAGUAAGGGAGUUGGCCUCUUAUAUUCAAAUACCAAUGAAAAUGAAUCUUCAAACAUCAGUAGAAAGCAUAGCUUCAGUUAGCUCUGUUAAAAGCGACGAGAGUGAUGUAUAUACGUUUCUUGAUGAAUGUUUUUUGAGCAGAUUUAAAAAGUUCUCUCAUGACAAAUUUGUCUUUGAUAAGGCAGAAGAUUUAAAACCAUUUUAUGCAAAGAUCUCAGAGUCUCUGAAGGACAAGGAGAAGAUUCCUUUCCGAAUUACCAACUAUCUAAGAGAAUACAUUCACAAUAAUGCAACGAUUCUUGUCUCAUAUUUGAAGCAUUGUGUUGAGAAUAGAGUGAAUAUUGACACCAAUUUGAGAUGUAUAAACGAUUUUAGAAGUAGCUGGGAGAGAAGAAACACAUGGAUUUCUUCAGAAAACCACUUGGAAGUGAUUCAUUUACAAUGGAUAACAGGAAUGCUUGUUGAUUUCGGACUGAAUGUAAAGAAAAAUUGUAAAGUGACUCCAAGUGCAGGAAUUUCAAGAAUGGAUUCCCAGUAUUGUCAACCAGAUGUUUGUGUUGAAGAGAAGGCAAUUUGUAUGGAAUACAAGCUUGAGAAUGUGAUUGAAUUUUUGCCAGACAUCAGAAAAGUCUGUAUUCUUCCCAUAGUACUCAUGAAGGAACACAAUUUGAAAACAGGAAUGGGACUUUUGGCUGAUCGCAAACAUGCAUAUGUCUUUUUCAUUCAGAAAAAUAAGAAGUUUAACAAGGUCUUAGAAUGGGAGUAUUGUCAGUGUUUCGAUUUGGAAGAUUUGGGAGAGAGAUGUUUAUUGUUUGUGGUGCUGAUAACAUGGUUGGUCAAUGAAUGUGACGACAAUGAAUUCAUCCUCAAAGAAUGUGAUGAUUUGAAUGAAUUGGCCGAGACCUGGAAUGAAGGAAAGACAUCACACAACGAAAAUGCAUCAAACAGAGAAACAAAUCAAUCAUCUCAAGAAUCUUCAAAUAGAUUUAUUCCAAAUGCACCAUCUUCAAAAAAUCAAUCAAGCAACAUGAACUCACACAACAAUUCACAACAACGCAAACUCAUCAUGUUGCAAAGAAAGACCAAAGAGAGGUCCAAAAUAAUUUUAAAUGAUGUUUCACAUUUUGCAAGAAUGAAGGAGCAUUCUUAUCACUAA